AUUUACUACAUUUCUUUUUUUGAUAGAGAUCAGUUUGCACAGCCAGAGAAACCUGCUAGUCCCAAGUUCAUUGUGACACUGGAUGGUGUGCCCAGUCCACCAGGAUACCUUUCUGAUCAGGAGGAGGAAGAUAUGUGUAUAAUGGAAGGAUUAAAGCCAGUUACCCAUCACAUGUGUGCUGGCAAAGGAUUAAAAGGUCUUCGAGCACAGCAGAUGCAAAUUGUAACAAGGCAGCUGGAGAACUGUGAUGUGGAAAUGGAAGACUUAAAUAUGCUGCAAAAGCAGGAGAAGGUGCUGGAGCGCUGCAAGUACUGGCCUGCCUGUAAGAAUGGAGAUGAAUGUGUGUACCAUCACCCCACACAGCCUUGCAAAGUUUUUCCUAACUGCAAAUUUGCUGACAAAUGCCUGUUCAUCCAUCCAAACUGUAAAUAUGAUGCAAAGUGCACUAAGCCAGACUGUCCUUACACUCACGCCAGUCGACGAAACCCCCAUCCAGCUCCUAAACCAGCACCCCUGCCCACCCUGUCCAUCUCCUCCAGUAGUCCGCUGUGUAAGUUUUUUCCAGCUUGUAAGAAAAUGGAGUGUCCAUUCUAUCACCCAAAACAUUGUAGGUUUAAUACACAGUGUACAAGACCAGACUGCACUUUCUACCAUCCCACUGUUGCUGUACCUCCGCGCCACGCCUUGAAAUGGACUCGAACUCAAACCAGUGAAUGAAUAUGGUACAAGCUGGGACUGAGCUUUGCCUCCUCUGGACGGUAGCGGACAGGAGGAUUAAUGACCAGGACACAGGAUACUAGGGAAGAUUCAUACAUUUUGGACUUUGAAUAUGCAUUGUUUUCAUAAAACGAGGUUGAUUGCAUACUUGAAAUGUCUCUAAUUUUCCAAGUUUGUAAGUUUGGGCAAUUUUACAUUUUUUUUACACUGUAAGAAGAAAACAUCUGUGUAAUGAAAGUUUUACUUUAAAUUCCAUUAAAAACCUUCAAAGCA